ACCGGAGCAUCGCAAGAAAGCGCCUCUCGCCACGGAAGUCAGUGCUCGAUUGUGUUCCCUCGUGACCGGUCUGGCAGAAAUUUCAAAAAGUUUUUUUUUUUACUUAACCCAACGAGUAAUCAGUGCGAAAGAAAAUUUUUCCCACCCACGGAAAGUAAACACACUGUGCGAGGGGGUGGCCAAAAGAAGCUCAAUCACCCACAACUGUUAUGGAUUCUUUUUUUUUUCGCACAAUGUGGUGUGAUUAGUAAUCAAAUAGUGAAUACGAUGGAUUGUUAACCAUGAGUGGGAGCACCAGUAUGGGAUUAUGCUAUUAAUAAUCAAAGUGUUUGUGUUAUUUUAAUUGAUUUGGCCUAACAACAAAACCCCACAAAAUUUAUUCAAUUCUCUAUCAAACUACAUGGGAUGAACAAAUGUCACGGAGAUAAAAACAUUUCCUAAAUGAAAUGAAUUAAAUAUUAUUAGUUGGACGAGGAGGCAGUGGUGUAGCAUCGACAAUUAAUAUUUAAAUGCACGAUUUAACCCUGGAACACCUCUCCUACGCUCAUUGAGUGCUCCACCAAGAGUGUGAAUGAACUGCUGGACCGAGAGAUUGGGAAAUAAAGUUAGGAGAAGAGUGAAAAUUGUAUUGCUCUCCAUCCAUGGAGUUCUCAUAUAAACUGGAUACAGUGUCUCACUGAGAAGUAUAAUUUAAUAAACACGACGACAGAGUGAAAAGACGAUGAUGCACUUGAAAGUGCUCCAUUGAGCCGCAAUUCAAUUUCUCAUAAGUAAUUUAGUGGACAAUUUACUCGGUGCAAUCUCGCGCACACAUCAGAUUUGCCAUUGGCACAAGAUUUGUGGAUGCAACUGCGUUCCAGGAAUUAACCAUUUAGCGUUCUACAUACCAACAUCCCAAUGGCGUUCCGACAGUCCAAACUUUUUCUUCUCUUCCAAUUUCCCACCAUUCUACUCUUCAUGGCAUCAUGUGGUGACGCCGCCAAAGGACUGAGGAAUUUAACACUUUCAAUCGAACCAGCGUGGGUUCGCCGGGGUCAGAGUGCUCAAUUGCAUUGCCGCUACGAAAUGAAAGGUGCCCCCCUGUACUCGGUCAAAUGGUACCGUGGCAAUCUGGAAUUCUACAGAUACUCACCCUUUGAUAAUCCUCCGGCAAAGAUUUUUCCCUACACUGGAAUUAAAGUUGACAUGUCAGUAUCAAAUGCCACACAUGUAACUCUGAGGAAUGUGGGGUUCAAUUUAUCGGGAAAUUUCACUUGUGAGGUAACUGCAGACGCACCAUCUUUCUACACUGCACUUGCAACCAAUAUAUUGACAGUUGUUGAACUACCUCAUUCACCACCAACAUUGUGGACGGAGAGGGUGAAGUACGAUCCGGGUGAUAUGUUGAAUGCAAAUUGUUCUAGUCCCCCAUCGAAGCCGCCAGCUAGUAUAACAUUUCUUGUGAACAAUAUUCCGGUUGGACACGGACCGACUGUUCUGCAUACAACACAUGACAAUUUACAGUGGGCAACGAGGAAUUUAUCGAUUCAGCUCCUACCAUCACACUACCAGAAUGGGCAAUUAGUGCUGAGAUGUACGGCGGAGGUUGGUGCUCUCUAUGCCGAAAGUACCGAAGCCCCUCUCGGUACAUCGAGGAAGGAACCAAUUCCAGAACGAGUGACAUCACCGAGUUCAGGAACAAGUCCCAGCCCAGAUGCAGCCACACGGAUAAUUGUCGCAUUGUUAAUUAAAGUGUCUGUCAUACGAUUCCUGACGAGAUAGUGUGUGAAUGAAUGCAACGGACACCCGGGCGGAUAUUGAGGAAAUGAAGAUGUGAGAAGGAGCGGAAAAUUGCCAGAAAUCCUCCCUUGUCCUCUCGUACACGUGCUCUGACUAUUCCAGCAUCCACUUCCCUCAAAAAUCACCUGAAUUCCAUGAGAGCACAAGGUCCUACAGAAUGGGGAGGAUUUUCAAUAUUAUGAGGUGUGUGGGAGGGUUGUUCUAGGGACAAGAAAAUAAAUGUAAAAUUGCUAAAAAAGGUAAAUUUUUAUGUAUAAAAAAACAGCAGGUGGUAAACGUGUAUAUUAUGGUGAAGAAAGAUAAUGAUUUAGGUAAAUUUAGAAAACGUCAAAGAAAUUCAUGAAAAAGGGUAGAGAAUAUGAUAAUUUUGUAAAAUAAAAAAAAAACUCCGUUAAGAACAAGGUUAAGAAUCAAAAAAAAGAAUUGCUUACGAUUGAAAUUGAAUGAAAAAAAAAUGUAAUCAAUAACCAAAAAUAUCUAUAUAGCUGUAAGAUGAUAAUAAAUUGUACAAUGAGAACGUU